AUGGCUCUUGUGAAGUUACAAAGGGCUCCCGCUUCGUAUGCGGAAGGAUGUUACGCUAUCGAGUCUCGGAACUUGUUCCAGCCAGAAGAAAUCCGACGUGCCUCGAACGACCCUGGCCUAUCCGCCAACGUCAACGGCGACGCCGCUACCCUCCCGAGAUCAACAUGGAUUGUUCAAAUACAAGCUACGAGACUGAAGAUAUGCUUGGACACGAAGAAUGGAUUCGCAGCAAAGAGUGCUUGUAUGGAACUCUACGACACGAUACCCAUCAGCAAACUACACAGCUUGCGAUACAUCCAAUGA